UCAUGCAAUAAUUCUAAGUCUCUAAAAACAAACAAAUAGGUAAAGUAUUCCAGUAUCUAAAAUAGCUAAUCCAACACAAUUAUACAAUCAAUUCUAAGUUCGUUCACCUUUCACUAAUGUUGAGAAUAAGAGUUUAGUGUAAAAGACAGCCAGUGAUAUGGAAAUGGUCAAUAAACCUGUGGCUCCAACAAAGCAAUUGACACAUUAAUAAACACCAAAUGCAUCUGAGUAUAAGAUAUAAUUCAAGGUUGGAGGAGGAAGAUAGCCACAAAAGGAUGAUUCCAAUUAAUUUAAUUCAUAAACUACUCCAUUUAUUCCCAUGAGUCCAUAAUAAAGACAUGAGAAUACUUAGAUUUUGCAAUCUCCUUAAAAUCGUCAACCAUAUUUGCUUUCUCCUUAACAUUAACUUUAGUCUCCUUAAAUUUAAUUCUAAUCUCCCAAUAAUAGAGAUUAGAAAUAAUAACAUUAUUUUUCAUAAGUACAAGGACAAUAAUAACCUAAACAAAUUGCUCAUUCAUCUUCUUUUGUUUAACCAACAUUAAUGUAAUAAAACUAAUAAAAAAUUGUUAAUUAUACCAAUACAUUUGCACUUUAAGAAGAAUUAAAAUGUUUACAAUAAUCAAGUGUUAAAAUGACUUAAGAAAUUUAGAAGUUGGAAUCAGAAGCAUAAAGAGUUUAAUCAGCUUAAUUAAUAAAAGAAUUGGAUGAUAAGAUUAAAUUACUAAAUUAGAUGAAUAAAUAAUUGCAACUUGACAAUACAGAAUUAAUGAAAGUACCUGAUGUGAUGGCACUUAGAGAUCUUAUAGUCAAAUAUUAAAAUGAUAGAAAGAUGGCUUAUAAUUAAUUGGCAAUUAUAAAAGCUGAAAUUCAGAAUUAUAAUGUACGUUGCUAAGAUUUAGAAACAAAGAUUAAGAUUGAUACUACAUAAGAAUUGAAUGAUUUGGUUUAAGAUUUGGAAAAUAAAGUGUAAACUUUAAUUUUAGAGAAUGACAGAAUAAAUUUAUAAUUGAAAAAUUCAAAUAAUGUUGUUAAUACAAUAUAGAAAUAGAAACAUGAAAAUGAUCUUGUAAAAGAGAAAUUAAUAAAAAGUAGAAAAGAAGAAGAAGCUUUAAAAUAAUCAUAUCAAAAAGAGGAAAUGAAAUUGAAAUUAUAUGAGGAAUGUAAUGAUAAAUUGAAAUUACUUUAAGAUGAAAAUAAAAGAUUAUAAUAAAUAUUAAAUGAAUCAGAAUUAACUUAAAAUGAUUUAAAUAGUCUUUAAGAAAAAGUAUAAUAAUUAUAAUAAUAUAAUAGAUAUUAGUAAUAAAAUAAGAUAACGAAAGAAUGAUGAAAUAACUUAAGAAUAGAUAAUGA